ACCCGACUCUCUAAUAUCAACAAUCAAAUAUGUUGUGCCCAAAAAUUCCAUUCUAUCUCCCGCCCGAAAGUUAAAUGAUGCAGCGCUCCAAGAGGAUCUCAGCAUAGUGCUGCAAGAUAAAACACCGGGCAUUAAUUGGCAAUCUGUCAUCAUGAUGCAGUCAAUAGAUGAGGCCGGAGGAUUGAAAUUCAAAGUUCCACAACUCUCGCACCCCGUUACGUUUAUGAAGAAUGUUAAACCCCCAAAUGACGAAGACAUAAAAAUAAUACCCAGUCGCCUAGUAGAUAUAUUAAAGCAACCGAGUUCUAUCAACUCGGAAUUUCAAAUAUUGCUACCGUUUGGCAGAUUGAAGUCCCUGGAAUUAGAAUUACACUGGAAUCCAAUUAAGAACAUUACACUUAUUAAACACGAAAAAAUUAUUGGUGCCGAACCUAUAUCACAAGUUGAAGUAUUUGAAUAUCUGUGUUGUCCUGAAGAGGACGAUGUUCUGGGAAACAGUGUUCAAUUCUUGGAUGAUACCAUCGACGCACCUUUGGAACCAAGAAAUGGAACUCGAAAGAUUGAUCAACAGACAAGGAAAAUGAAAUUAAGAGAUGACUCUGCUAUACCGUUGAUUCCUAAACACGAUACGAAUAACAUCACUAGUAAAUGUCACUCUGCAGCAAUUUUUGAUCAGAGGUUUCCUUUGAAUAAGAAGGGAUCUCCUCAUCAUCUUCAACACACUUGGCAGUCCACCUACAGGAAAAAAGAGAAUAAAAUUUUCGGUGAUUCGGCUGACAUUCGUGAAUUAUUGCAGACUGAUAAAAUCUCACGCGAUUCGAAUUUCAUCAAACAAAAUGAGAGAAAUCACAAUAUAAACUUGAACUGCGUUUCUCCGAUAGUAGAACUUACAUCAUCUGCUUUAAACAAUGAAGAUAAAGUCACAAAAUGGCUUUCCAAUUGCAGAAAAGAUAUCUUUUUAAAUGAAAAAGAAGCGUUUAUAUAUGAUGAAUUUGAAAAUCUACAUGAAAUUAUAGAUUUAACUCGUGAUGAGAAUCCAUGCGAUAAUAAUCCUUCUACCGAUGAGAAUAUAUUCGAGAAUUCUCAAUAUCUUGAUGGAACUCGAGGUUCCUUUGUCAGUCAAGAUCAAGUCUCCGAUCCCAUUAAAAAGGUAAUCUCAACUGUUGAAAAUGCAUCUCAAUUUUUCAAGGGAUCGAAAAGUGAUAUAACAAGUAACGAUCAGGCAGCUGGAAAUGAUCUGGUGGUUAAGAAUUUUGAUCAUCUUUUCAAAGCACAAAAUUCUUCCACUAGUAAAAAUACUCUAAUGACAGAGAAUAAUUCGACGUUUAGCGAAGAUCUACAAAACUCACUACCACAUCAUGAUACAAUCCUUCCUUCUAUCGAGAGUAGUACGCCAAACGGUCAUUCAACCUCACAUUUCAAAGUGUUGAAAGCUCUUGCCGAAUUGCAGGUUAUCUUGACGCGUUUCCCCCACGAUGUACAUAUAAUAUUUUCACCAUGUGAAGAAAUUUCGGCGAGGCUCGCGAGAAUUAUAGGGGAUCUAUGUGCUGCAAAAUGUGAAGAAUAUUUGACACCUGCUAAUAAGAAGGGAUGGGCGGAUAAACAGCAAUGGGAAAAUAGAGAUUGGAUGGCUAUGGAAGAAAGUUUG